AUGCUGACAGAGAGCAUCUUUCCUCUCACACUGGCUGAGAUGUCUAUAGAGAGAUAUGUGGCUGUGUGUUUUCCUCUCAGACACUCCUCCAUCUUUCCAUUUGAAGAACUGGACAGUCUAGACAUGAAUGCAAUAUGCAUAAUAAUAAUUUUCAGUUUUAUUGCAGUGGUGAUCACAGCCAGGACAGCAUCAUCUGACAGAAAUUCUGCCCGGAAGGCUCAGAGUACUCUGCUGCUGCACAUGAUCCAGCUGGUGCUCGGGUACUGCCAACAACUAUCAUUUGUUUUGAGCCUUUCUCUCCACAGACCGACGACGAUGCCCAACAGCAGUGUGGAGGAUCGGCAUCAGGACUUCACGGAAAGAAUGGCACUCUUCACGGUCAUUAUGAUUCCAUGUUUAGGUUUUUUCUUCAUUAACAUCCUCAUGAUGGUCACAUUAAUAAGUAAGCGUGUGUUUCGUGAGACCUCAAGAUAUAUUCUGCUGACUAACCUCCUGUUCGCAGACACCAUCUACGUGAUGCUGAGUCAGCUGCUGUAUUUCAUGGCUAACGCCCAAAUGCUGAUAUUAUACCCAGUCUGUGGGCUUCUGGUUCUGUCUGCCAGUCUCACAGGUAACAUCUCUCCGCUGACACUGGUGGUGAUGUCUGUGGAGAGAUACGUGGCGGUGUGCUACCCACUCAGACAUGCAACCAUCGUCACUUUCAAGACAACGGGUGGUGCUAUUGUCAUGGUGUGGAGCUUCAGCUUUCUGAACAUCCUAACACAUAUUCUGCUGAUUCUCAGGUCUCCCAUUCAGAACCUGGAGAGUCUUCAAAUGGAUGAUAUUUGUACCACACUAACUAUGAUUCUGGUGCCAAAUGUGGACCUGCAUUUGAAAGUCUUCUCCUAUCUUUUGUUUGUGCUGGUCGCUGUGGUCAUCAUUUCGAGCUAUAUUGGGGUGAUAAUCGCAGCGAGGUCGGCCUCCACCGACAAAAGCUCUGUCCAGAAAGUUCGGAAGACUCUGCUGCUUCACCUGGUUCAGCUUUGCUUCACCGUCUUCUCAACCACGUAUAAUGCUAUAAUCAUGGCCUUGGCAAGAACCUUAAUCAGGCUGGACUUCGCUCGUGUGCAGAGUGUAUUGUAUGUGUGUAUUUUUCUGUUCCCCAGAUGUCUCAGCUCAGUCAUCUAUGGUCUCCGUGAUCAAGCCCUUAGUCCUAUUCUCUGGUAUUACCUUUGCCAUCGACGUAAAUCAAUGCUGUCUGUUUCCGCUGAGGGUUGA